ACUAGCCAGCUAAAGAAAUGCCAUAGCCAGGAAAACUAAGAAACUCAGAUCCUUUAUACCUUCAGUGUGCGUUAACAUUAACGUAGCCAAAUGAUCUUCUCUUAGUCAAGGCGAAAGAAUAGCCUAAAUAUAAUGUUUGGAGUGAAAACUUCUUGCACCAUAGGUUCGAUUACAGAAAAUUUGUUCUAUGCAUAACGUGCAAUUUAACUUGUCAGCGAGAAGAAAACCAGCGAAAUAAAUCUUGAGAACAUCAUCAAUAUUACAGUCUGUUUAUAACUUUGUCGAAACUUAUCAAAAUAACUGUAAGCGAGGUGAGCUGUGGAACUUUCAAAGACCAUUUUUCAUGCUUUUCUACUACUUGCAGGAAUGCUCCGCUGAUCUGCAAAUGAAACAGAUGAUGAUUCGACAAACACGUUUGCAUCUUGUGUUCCUAAUUCUAAACGUACUGGUAGACUUAACUGUGAGUCGUCGUGGAGUUUCCAUGCCGAAUUUUUCUAUCAGGCCCCCUCUUAUAGAGCGGUUCCACUACACGAGUACCUACGCCUGUGAAGGGAGGGAACUUAAAAUUUCAUGUAACAACGAGAACCAUAUUCGUCUUGUUCGAGCAAACUACGGAAGAUUUAGCAUCAGCAUCUGUAAUGAUAAGGGUAAUACGGACUGGAGCGUGAUUUGUAUGUCGGACAGGUCUUUUCUUAUUAUGCAGGACAAGUGUAGCGGUAAAUCCACGUGUAGCGUGUUCGUCUCGAGCGACAGCUUUGGUGAUCCCUGCCCUGGAACACUGAAAUACUUGGAAGUCCAAUACCAUUGCAUUUCUCCCAAUUCACGUAUUGGUGCAAAUAACCCAACGGAUACAGCUCACCCUGUAAUAGAUGCACCAUUUUUUCACACCUUCAAUUUCACUAAUUCUGCUGGUAAACCUGUAAUCGGACCUUGGUUAAAUAAUGGCACUCUUCACCCUAGUAAAUUUAACUAUGGUUCUGAAUUGGAAGGAAGCGGUGCAGGUGGGUUAGGUACUUCAAUAAGCUCAUCAACAUCAAAUGCUGUAACAACAGUGUCGACAACCGAGGUCACAAAGCUUUCUUCAGCGACCGCCACCACCCUCAAAACGCCAAUUCCCUCGAUAGAAAAUGAGAAAAAGGGGAAAGAAAAUGAAAACGUUUUAAUUCACGCCCCAAUACCGUUGUCCACAACAGUUCCACAAGUGAAAUAUAAAGACCCCAGCAGAAUGUGUUCACCGGUUACUUCUCAUAACUUGAGUUGGAACUGGACUACUGCAGGAGAGAUAACUAUUCAAAAUUGUCCAGGCGGGGCAACAGGUUUUGCUAAGUGGCGCUGUAGUGCUGAUCUUAAGUGGACACCGAAAGAUCCUGACUUAAAAGAAUGCAAAUCAGUUUGGGUGGAUAAUUUAAGGGAGAGAAUGCAUGGAGGAGAUUCUAUUAACAGUAUUGCCACAGAAAUGGCUCUGAUGACAUUAACUAGGCCACUUUUCAGUAAAGAUGUCACCCAUGUGGCAUCCAUGAUUCAUUUGACGUUACGUAGAGCUUUAAACAAUAUGGACAGCUACCUGGACAUAUGGCGUCGACAUCAAACUUUCAAAGAACUCUUAGAGUCUGUGGUUGAAACUGUCAGUAACCUGCUAGAAGAUAAACAGAAUGAAGCAUGGCUUGACAUGUCCAAGCUGGAGCGUAAACAAGUGGCGUCACACCUGCUCCAAGGUUUGGAAGACAGUGCCUUUCUCUUAGCUGAAACUUUGGUACAAGAGAAUAGCUACUUGUUUACAAAGAGUAAUGUUUGUUUAGCUCGAGUCAUCCUUCGAGUUUACAACAAAGUAGAUGAACUACUUCAGCCAGGAAAUGGAUUUCAGUCUCCAGUUCUUCCAGUUGAUAAAGCUACUAAGAACAUCUCCUGGACUAUCAACUCUCGUAUUGUAGCAGCAUCAGUGGGAAGGAGGAGAAUGGUCCAAUUAUCAGAACCUGUUAUUGUCAGCCUCAAACAUAUCCAGGAGGAAAAUGUUACAAACCCUCACUGUGUGUAUUGGGACUUGACCCUCAGGGAAUGGUCAGGAGAAGGUUGUUGGGUUAAGAACUCAAAUGUCUCGCACACAAUUUGUGCAUGUAACCACUUGACGAACUUUGCUGUUUUGAUGGAAGUAAAAGCACCAGAGAUUAUCCAAUGGAAAAACAGACUCUUAGAAAUCUUGACUUCUGUCAGUUGUGCUUUAUGUUGUCUUUUUUUACUGACAACCAUCCUAGCUCUCCAUGUCACAAAAAGUCUUCAAACAGAUACAGUAACUAUUCAUAAGAAUCUCUGCAUUUGCCUCCUGGGAGCUGAGCUGAUAUUUGCAGCUGGAGUUGGUCAGACCCACAUCAGGGUUCUUUGUGGAGUUGUAGCUGGGCUGUUACACUACUUUCUACUGGCAGUGUUUGCAUGGGUAUUUGUUGAGGGUUUUCACCUCUAUGUUCUACUUAUUGAAGUGUAUGAGUCUGAGAAAUCCAGAGCUAUCUGGUAUCAUGGUUUAGCUUAUGGAGCUCCUAUAGUGAUUGUGGCAGUUUCAGCCAUUGUGGAUCCAUACAGCUAUGGUACAAGAGAUUUUUGUUGGCUGCGGACAGACAACUAUUUUAUUUUCAGCUUUGUGGGCCCAGCAGUAGGAAUACUUUUUGGGAGUGCCGUGUUCUUGUGUAUAGCCACUUGCAUUCUUUGUCAUCAUUCUGGAAUUAAAACCAUGGUAAAAGGGAAAGAAGAGACAAAACUUUCAAAAAUUAAGAUAUGGAUAAGAUGGGCCAGUAUAGUACUUGUGUCUUUAAGCUCUACAUGGACAGCAGGGCUAUUGUAUAUAUCCCAGUCUAGACACAUCUUAGCCUAUAUCUUCUGUGUAUUCAACUGUGUUAUGGGAAUUCUUAUUUUCAUAUUCUACUGCAUCAAAAAUGAAAAGAUGAAAGAAGAAAUGGAGGUGUAUCUUCAGAGAUUAAAAUGGCUCCCAGAAAGCUUGAGACAAUCCAAGAACCAAGGACAGUCAACAAGUCUUCCAACUACCAGGACUCAAACCACCACCCCUCAGCUCAGUGUCCCCAACCAACAAUGGAACUCGCAAGACAAGACCUUUACUAUCUCCCAAAAGUUCACAAAAGCAGGUGUAGAUCUCUCAUCUACCACAAACAACCAGGAAGAUAAAGUCCUGGAGAAAAGAGGUCCUGCUACUGAAUCUCUCCAGAAGAAAGAAAUUCGAGAUCAUGCUCAGUUACCAAAGAUAGUAUUUGCUUCAACUGCUCCUAGAAGUGGAAAUAGCUCUUCUGAUCAUGCUGCAUCUUAUGGUUUUACAGCCAAUCCUCGGAUUGGAGCAUGGCAUUAUUCCUUGCAAGACAGACAUAAACGUUUACAACAUCGCCAUUAUUCUGAUUCUUCUGAUAAAUACAGUGCUUAUCCUGAACACAUCUAUGAAUCCAUUGAUAAUGAUACAUUAUCAUCUCUCUAUGGUGAUUACCAUCAUUACCCUCAAGCUGGUCAUCAUACUACUCGUUCAGACUUUUAUGGAGAACACUCUGAUCAUAGUCAACACUCGUCUUCUAGUGGGUAUGACCAGCGCCCCUUGUUGGUCACUUCUCAUACAGGGAUGUAUCAGAGUACUCCUUUGGCCCAGUCUGUUUAUGGAGUAACUCUAUCGCGAGAAAAUUUUUCUCUUACUUCAACCCCAGAAUUGGCACGGCAACACAGAGCAGAUAGAGCUUAUGGAAGUAAUCUUAAAAAGAUGAAUUGUGAUAGGCUAUCUAGUGCUAAAUAUUACAACUCUCAGACUCUUGAUACACUAUUAAACUCAGUUGUUCCUCUUGAACAGCUGCAGCUACAUGCAGAUCAAGAACAUGGUGAAUGGACAACUACUACUCCUGAUCUGCUUCAUGUUCAUCCAGAUAAUGUUGUCAUGGCAGUGCUGGAGGGUGAAAAGGUGGUUAGUCGCCUGCACCCAGACUCUAUAGUGGAUCAAGGGAAUGAAAUUCCACAGAAUCUAAGCACUUACUGCUGAGUGUCAAAUACUAUUUAAUAAUCAAGAUAUUCUUUUCUUUGAACCAUAAACUCCUUCUAUAACAAAACAAAUAAAGGCAGUGUUUUAUAAUAUGUGUACAUGUGGAAAAGGUUUGCCUAGCUAGGCUUUUUAUAAGAAGUCUAUAAUUCUCUAAGCCUUAGUGAGUUCAUGCUUAUGUCCAGUUGACUCUGGAGGUCCUCCUAGUCUCUUUAACCUAGUCCAUCUCUUCAUAAUUAAGGAAUAAGGCUGUAUAUUAAAUGUAAAAAAAAAGUAAAAGCUGUAUGUGUACAGCUGAGUGGAUGGUGUAAUCUGGAAUCUUGAGCUGUAGAAUGUGAAUUGUGAUAUUCUAAAAAAAAAUUCAAUCAGUGUAUAGAUUGAAACUGAUUAUAAUGGUACCUUCUAUUUCUGUAUCCUACAAGUGCGGCCAAGCCAGAGCCUAGAUUGGUGCAUGAUUAUCAGUUAUUAUUGAUGUUUGACAGUGAUUACAGUGGUAUGAGUUAGUAUACAAUAAAUAUACUUGAGUGUUCAUUGAUGUUUAUGAAUAGCUCUGAAUGUGUGUGUAGAAACAGUGCAAGCAAUUGAGCUUGUAAUUAAACUUUGUGUCACUUA